AUGGUCCGGCACAAGAAAGACAACUUUAGCUCCCGCGGUCGCAAGAACCACCACUCGGGUCCUCCGCGCCCUCGACAGCCUCGGGCCGGCGACGAUGAUGAAGAUGGCCAUCCCUCCUCCCGUCCAACGUUCAAAGCCGCCUGCUGGGAUCUCGGCCAUUGCGAUCCCAAACGAUGCUCCGGAAAGAAGCUGAUCCGCAUGGGAAUGAUGCGCGACUUACAUGUCGGCCAGAAACACAACGGCGUCAUUAUCACACCCAACGGCAAGCAUACGGUCUCACCCGCAGAUCGUGACCUCAUGGAGCAGUACGGCGCUGCCGUUGUCGAGUGUAGUUGGGCGCGCAUGCAAGAGAUCCAGUGGGGCAAGGUUGGCGGAAAGUGUGAGCGUCUGUUGCCGUAUCUCGUUGCGGCUAACACUGUCAACUACGGCAAGCCGUGGCGGUUGAACUGCGUUGAGGCCCUCGCAGCGGCGUUCUACAUCUGCGGUCAUCCCGAGUGGGCGGAGCAGGUCCUUGCGCCGUUUUCGUAUGGUGAAGCUUUCCUGGAGAUCAAUGGAAGCCUGCUGAAGAAGUAUGCUGCGAGCGAGGACGAGAAGGGUGUCAAGAAGGUGCAGGACGAGUGGAUGGAUCGGCUGGACAAAGAAUAUGCAGAGAGCAGGGAGGCGGGCGACGCCGAUGACAUGUGGAAGGGCGGAAACACAAAUCGCAGAGUGAUACCAGAUUCCGAUGACGAAGAAGAAGACGACGACGAUGAUGGAGAUGAAAGUGGAGACGAAUCAGGAGAUGAUGACAGCGUCGACGGCAUUUACCUCGGAAAGAAGCCUGAGAAGAAGCAAGAAAGCGAGGAAGAAGACAGAGAUCCAUAUGCGAUAUCCGACGACAGCGACGAAGAUGCGGCCAUGGAAGAGAUCCGUCGCAAGGUGCUGGCGUCAAAGACUUUCACUAACCCUUCAGCGUCGGAAAAGAAGAAGCCUGAAUCGAUUCCUCGGCCGCAAACGCUGAAGCCCGACUCGGACAUCGAACCAGACUCGGACAAUGGCGAAGAUGAUGAUGACUUUGACAACAUCAUCAAUGCAACACCAGUCACUGACAAAAUUGGCUUGACCAAGCUCGAAAAGGAGCGCUCCCAGUCUACAGUGACGAGCAAAUCAUUCUCGUCCAACAUAGUUUCCGCGCCCAAGCGGUGGUAA